AUGAUCCGUCCCAGGCUCGCCUUGGCGGUCCUCGGGUUCGUCAUCCCAUUCGCCAUCAACUGUGCACUCAUCGGAACCACCGGAUUCAUGAUGGUUCACGACAAGGUGAAACGUUAGUAGUCGAAAUAUGCAAACGUUUUGAUAAUCGAGUAUUUUCAUGUUUUCAGAGCCCACUGCUGAUCGUCGCUUCGAUCACUCUUUCCUUGUGCGUCACUCUGAUUGUCAUCAAGGCGACGUUCCAUCUGAUCACCGAGCUGGCGGGACCACUGGAGACAGGACCCGCUCGUCGAGUAACCGCCCGGGAGGCUCUGAACAAUCCGGAGGAGGCGUUCCCGAUGACGGUAACUCGUCCCCCGAGCCCGGCGGAGAGCGUUCCCAGUCGUCCGAUGUCUCCGGUUCCUCCACUGUCGCCUUCCCCUAUUCGUCAUUUUGA